AUUAAGAAUAUUUGCUGUUUUGGAUUCUUCAUUCACCGUGUGAGACAAACAGUGUUUUCUUUACCAAUGCAAUUGAAUGAAUAAUCAUUUUGUGGGUGCAGUAUUCCCUUAAGACAAAGCCGAGCUGUUUGUGUGUAGUUUUGAAAUCCAUAUUAUGUUUUAGCAGUCAAGACUUUGUUUUGUUUACUAAGUAUUUAUGAUUUAGGAAGCUACAGUCUCUUCAAAAUUUACCAUACUGUUUUUAACACAGUGGGUUCUUUGUUUAUGUUUUUCAUAUCAAGAGUAUUUUAAAAGUAUUGCACUACAGUGGAGCCACAGUGUUGAAUCCAGCGAUGUACCUUCUCCAAGAAUGGCAGUGAUGAAUGUGUUUCCAGACUGGCUAAUGUUCAUUUCAGUGAUGAAUCACUACAAAAUGGAUCACAAAAUAUUAAUGCUGAAAGUAUUCAUCAAUUAUUAGCCUAAGAGAUAUGAGCAGCUCCCAAAGAUAGAAAUGAUGAAGAGCUCACAAGUGAAAAUUAGAGGUAUUGUGCUAUAGAAACGCUGUCCUCCAUUCAGUCCACUCUCUUCUGAUGUUUAAAAACAAACGUGUGAAGUAUUUUCUUUAACACGAUCAUAUUAUUUUUCUCCAGACACACUUUGAAUGCUUACUAACCUUUGCAUCCUCAUUCUGGAACGUCACUCUAAUUAUGAGCAAUACGGCAUUACUUUAUGUGUCAUUGAUUUGUUUUUUGAUGCUAUGUACCUAAAAGAGUAUUAUUUAUUAAUGUAUAUCUUUAUCAGUUUGAUUUGUGUAGCUUUAUUUAUGAUGUGCUGUGUACAAAGCCUUUCAAGUCCCUCCUGUUAUAGACUGUGGUGUAGGUCACAGGCUGUGGAUGCCCUAAUCGUCCUCUGUACCUUUAAGGGAACCACAUACCUUUUUCAUCCAGCAGAUUCUGCCUGUGAUAUGAACUACCGUCAGUUUACAGGAACCUGUAUUCCCAGACUAGAGCAGAUGUUGAGGGGCUGAUCCUGGAGCGCGCUCUGCAACAUUUGAUUAGUUUGUGAGGACAAAAGCUGCGUUUAGAAUUUGACUUCUUAUUUUACAUUUACAUUUUUCUGCUGCUGUUCAAUUCAUUUUGAAAUCUUUAUUUUUCACUAUUAUUUAGCAAUGUGUGUUUUUGUUGUCCGGGUGUUUUUGGGAAUCCUUCUCUGUGCACCGUACCAGUGCUUGGAGUGUCCUUUUGGCUGCGAGUGUUUUGCCAUCACCCGCACAGUGAAAUGUGUUUCCAAGGAUCUGCUCUCGGUGCCACAAAGUAUUCCAGGAUACGCAAAGACUUUCAUCAUCACAGGGAAUAAUAUACAUCACAUCGGACCUGAUUCGUUUACAGAGCUGGAGAAUGUCAGCAACAUCAUUUUAAGCAAUAAUAGGAUUGCAGAGAUGGCGUCCCACAGCUUCUCUGCCCUCAUCAACCUGCGCUUCCUGGACCUCAGUGAGAACCAGCUGGCCCUCAUCCACCCAGAGGCUCUCAGCAUACCCGGCAGUCCCCUUCAGGAGCUCAACCUGAGCCGCUCGCUGCACAACUUCACCGCCCUGACAGACCUCACCACGGCUCUGCGCUGGGGCGGCCUCAGAGGGCUCCUCCGCCUCGACCUCUCUGGGAACCACCUCGCCCUGCUGCCCCCCGGGAUGUUCUCCCACCUCCCCAACCUGCAGCAGCUCUUCCUCACCAAAAACUCUCUGAUGGCUGUCUACAGCGGGACCUUCUCCGGUAUGAGCCACCUGGAAGUGCUGGACCUCACACGCAACGCCUUCACGACUUUCAGGGUCGAUGCUCUACAAGAGCUGGAGAAGCUCGGGAACAUCCGCAUCCUUCUCGGUGACAACCCCUACACCUGCUCCUGUGAGAUCAGUCAUUUUGUGGCCUGGCUGAAUGAAUCAAGAGCUCAGGUGGAUGUGGAUGCUGUAAGGUGUGCUUCACCGAGAGGUUUACGUGACACCCAGCUACGAGGGCUCGGCGUCCAGGCCAUUGGAUGUGUUGCUCCAGUUCAAGCAGAGGUGGUUGACCUCACCCUGCAGACGUCCUAUGUCUUCCUUGGGCUGGUGCUGGGGUUUGUGGGCAUGGUCUUUCUCUUUGUGCUCUACCUGAACCGCAAAGGUAUGAAGAAGUGGAUCAUGGAUAUGAGAGAUGCAUGUCAGGACGUUCUGGAGGGGUAUCACUACAGAUAUGAGAUCGACUCGGACCCUCGGCUUGGGCACAUUGCCGCAGAAAACCGUGACAGCAGGGCACGAGGGCAUUUAGGAUUACCUCUGUCACAGCAGCAGCCGAGUGACACCUGCAUUGUUCCUACAGACACACGAGUCAAACAUCUGGCGGCCUCUCCACCUGUGAACCGAUGAUCUUUUAAUGAAGCAGAAUUAUUUUAGAAAGAUUUAUAUGUGAAUAGUUUCUGUCGGUAGAUUGAAAAUUCAUGUUUUUCAGCUUCCUGGACAUACUGCAUUUAAAACUUAUGAAGCUCGAAGUGCCUUUGUAUUGUUUAGGCACUUGUGUCUGUAAAUUUCCCUCAAAGGAAUACCUUUGUCCCAAAAAUGAUCAUUUCUACAUC